AUGGGGAACGCGGAACAGAAGGGGCAUGUGACAGUAACGGAAGAAGGGGAGCAUGUGAUUAUAACGGAGGCGGCAGAGCGCGACGGGAUCUGGGCCGUCGACGGCGAAGGAAGUGGGGACGGGGACGUGGGUGUACAGGUGGAUGCUUACGUGGACGCUGACGUGGAUGACGCUGACGUGGACGCGUUCAGCGAGGACAUGCACCUGCUGUGGGACGUUUUGGCGAUCGACGACGCAGCGCAAAGGGCGGCGCGAAUGGCGGAGCUGGGCUACGAGGUUUAUAUCGAGGAUGGACUGGAAGGAUACAGGAAAGCGGGAGUCGAAGAUUCGACUAACAGCGCGAUUCCCGCCCCUCUGCCGGGAAACGCGCUAGAUGCGCGGCUGGCGGAAGAAGCGGCGGAGAGACGACAGCUGGAGCAGCGACUCGAGUCGGCUCAGAAAGCUGUCGGCGCGCUGCUGACGUGUCUGAAGCGUGUUCGCCACGUGCUCGAGGCGCCAGGGGAUGGGCGGACGAGAGGAGAGGGGGAGCGGGAGGGGAAGGGAGGCGCGCAGGAGGUGACGGGAGGCGCGCAUGGGGGGAAGGGAGGCGGAGGGGAGAUUAAGCUGGAGUGGGCGAUGGUGGAGUGUGUAUCGACCAUGGCGGCUAUAGAAGCGCGAGUGGCGCAGCAGAGACAGGCGGAGCACAGGCAGGCACAGCCCAGGCAGGCGCAGCGGGAGGGAAGGGCGGGGGGUGAAGUGUGGGGCGAGGGGGGUGGUGGUCGGGGAGCGGGGAAGAUUGAGGCGAUUCGGGAAACUGGGGAUGGGGCAAACGGAGGGGGUGGAUUGGCAGUGACUGGCCGGAUGGAGGAGGGGAGUGAGGUGGGGGGAGUGGGAGGUAGGGGGAGAGCGGGGGGGGCGCAAGGAGUGGGGGGAAUGGGAGGAGUUGGAGGGGCAGAGGGAGUGCAAGAGAUGAGGGAGAGUGAGCUGUUGAGAGAGGUGAGUGAGGUGAGGCGGGAGAACGAGGCACUAAAACAGCUGCUGCUGCUGGCGUUUCAAGGGCAAGGAGCGGCUGAUCUGCCCCAGCUGCUACCACAGCUGCUAGCUCAGUCCCACAUCCCCCCAGAACCGGCAGAAAAAGUAGCAUACGCAGCAGAAACAGCACUUGCAGCAACCAUGAGUACAGAGACAACCACAGAUGGCAGCACUGCAGCUACCAGCAGUAGUGAUGCCGGCACAGGCACUGAUACCACUGCCACCUCCACACCCUCCUGCGCUCGCUCUCCUUCUCCCGUCACACUGCCAAGCCUGAUUCCACCGCGCAUACCACUCGCCACGCCUCACCCCAUACCACCCGCCACGCCUCCCCCCAUGCCUCCCAUCAGCCGGCAAUGCUCCGAUCCCUGUCCAGCAGGCCCCUGGGCAAAUGGCUUCGAUGGGCCGAUGCCGAUGGGGGGAAGCGGGCGGAUGAUGUGUUGUGCUGUUUCUGCUGCUGCUGCUGAUGAUGAUGGUGCUGCUGCUGCUGCUGCUGCUGCUGAUGAUGAUAGUGCUGCUGCUGCUGAUCGUGCUGUUGCAGCAGAUGAAAGUUCAGCUGCUGCUGAUGUUUCUGCUGCUCCUGAUAGUUCUGCUGCUGCUGAUAUUUCUGUUGCUGUUAAUAGUUCUGCUGCUGCUCAUAUGUUGGCUGCUGCUGCUGAUAGUUCUGCUGCUGCUGCUGAUAGUUCUGCUGCUGCUGCUGAUAAGGCAGGCGGCAAGCAGGAGCAGGAGGAGGCGAGUGACAUGCCACACGAGUCAGGCCCCGUUCAACCAGAAGGAGAGGGCGAGGGAAAGGCGCAGAGGGAGGAAACCAGGCAGAUGGAUGAUAGGGAGCCAAGGGAGGAAACGGUGAAGAAGGAUGAAGCGGAGGUACAAAGGGAUGGGGAUAGUGGAGCAGGAGUACCGACGGCAAAUGGGGAAGCAAGGGAGAGUGCGGGGGAACGCGAGCCUGCAGCGUCCAGCCACUCCAGCAGCCCAACCCAGCAUGAUGACGCUCAUUCCUCACAUGUGAACAGUGAUACCAAGACCAACCAUUCCCAUUCCCAUACCCAUUCCUCACAUCCGCACUUCUCGCACCCUCACUUGCCACGUCUGCCGCUCAGUAGCACCUUCUGCCUUCCCAGCAGGUUACACAAGGCGAAUCCAGACAAUCCUGAUGGUCCCGACACAGCACGCCACGUCAGCUGCUUUUCUGGUGAGAGUGGUGCUGACUCAGCAGGCCACGUCAGCUGCUUUGCUGGCGAGAAUGGCGCUGACUCAGCAGGCAUCGUCAGCUGCUUCGGAGGUGGCAGUAAGAGCAGCAGCAGCAGCGGAAACCAGCACACACCAAGACCAAAACGAGGAGGAUCGUUCAGGGAAAAUCGCACAGGGACUAGAAUCUUUCUCAGAAGAAAUGCAAGCGAGCGGGUUUCUGGCACUUCCCCUCCUAGCUCUCUGCACCCUGUAUCAGGCAGCGUGCCUCUUGUCGAGUCGGAUCAAAAGGCACCGGUGCAACCUGCCUCCUCACUGCCAGCCAGCCACCCGCACCCUGCCACAGCUGCUGCCCCUUUGCCGGUGACAAGCGCAGCAGAGGGAAGAGGGCCUCUUGAUUCCAGUCAGCAAUCACUUUCUGGUCCCAAACCCAGCGACCCGCAGUCUGCUGCUGCCGCUUUGCCGUUGUCAGGCACAGCAGCAGGAAAAGGGCCCCGACGACUGGCGAAGGGGGCGGAGCAGGAGGUGCAGCAGCAGGACGUCCAGCAGUAA